UGAUGCAACUGCAACCUCAUUUCUGUAGGUUGUCAUCGAACAACCGCAACUUGUCACAGUGGAUAAGCUCAACCUUCCGCUGGGUAAAGAAGAACGCGGCCCGCUCCUUCCAACAGACAGAACGGGGCUCUUGCACGACGUACACUUUCCAUCGGAGCAAGGCAGUUCUAGUCAUUCCCAAGAGUUUGAGUCAGUUUCCAUUGAAAUGGGAAAGUUGGUUCCAACAGAAGGUUUUGAGGACGGAAUGGACCCUGGAACGGAGCGGAGAAGGUUUAUAGCGGCAGAAACGGCAAUACCGCGACAACCGCAUGAAAAAAAUCCUUUAUGGAAGGAUGCGGGCAAUAUCACCCUAUUGAUUGUUCUUUACUUGCUCCAAGGCGUACCUCUAGGACUAAGUUUUGGAGCUGUGCCCUUCCUUUUAAAGUCGAAACUGAGCUUUGCCGACAUUGCACUAUUCUCCCUCUCAUCCUAUCCAUACUCUCUCAAACUGCUCUGGUCCCCGAUUGUUGAUUCAGUAUUUUUUAAAGCGAUUGGUCGACGAAAAUCGUGGAUCGUACCGAUUCAGGCACUGACCGGGACAUGUUUGGCGGUCCUUGGAUCUCGUAUCGAUGAGAUCAUGAAACAGGAGCAUUUGCCCGUCACCAUGUUGGCAAUAGUAUUCACUGCGCUCGUCUUCCUCUGUGCUACGCAAGAUAUUGCCGUGGACGGAUGGGCGCUGACCCUUCUUCGAGAUGAGAAUAAGCAUUUUGCCUCAACUGCACAGACAAUAGGAUUGAACACAGGAUAUUUUUUAUCCUUUACCGUCUUUCUUGCCCUGAAUUCCUCCGAGUUUUGUAACAAGUACAUACGAAGCGUACCAGCCACCGAAGGUGUAUUGCAAUUGGGAUCGUACCUUCAGUUCUGGGGAGUUAUGUUCUUGCUCUGUGAUGCUUGGUUAGUUUGCUUUAAGAAAGAGGAGAUUGAUCAUACCGAAGCGAUCGACGAGAUUAAAACGGUCUAUCAAACCAUUUGGAAAGUCUGCAUGAUGCCCCACAUGAAGAAGUUCAUUGGAGUUCUGAUGGUAGCCAAGAUUGGCUUCAUUGCAAACGAAGCGGUCACACCCCUCAAAUUGCUAGACAAAGGACUGCAUAAAGAAGAUAUGGCAUUGUCGGUGCUUAUUGACUUUCCCUUCCAAAUUCUAUUUGGUUACUAUGCAGCAAAAUGGAGUAGUGGUGCACAGCCACUUCGGCCGUGGCUUUACGCUUUCUAUGGUCGUCUCGCAUUUGCCGUUGUGGGAAUGCUACUAGUUCGAGCUUUUCCAUCAGGCGGAGUAACCUCCUCGUACUUCUUUAUUGUGAUAUCGGCAACUGUGUUAAACUCCUUUACAAGCACGGUUCAGUUUGUGGGAAUGGGAAGCUUCUUCACAAAAAUCAGUGACCCGCUGAUAGGUGGUACUUACAUGACUUUGCUCAAUACCUUAAGUAAUCUGGGAGGGACCUGGCCGCGCUUCUUUGUCCUCGAGGCAGUAGAUCACUAUACAGAUGCUCACUGCACCGUUACGGAACCGGAAUCUUCAGUCUAUCCAGUCUGUCUAACUGACACGCAAAAGGCUCACUGCAAAUCCCUGGGAGGAGAGUGCAUCGUCCGCCGCGAUGGAUAUUAUAUCGUUGGCAUCACGUCCGUUAUAAUAGGCUUGCUGACGUUACUCCUAUAUGUGAAGCCACAAAUCGAGAGGUUACACAGAUUACCAGACAGAGCAUGGCGCUUGAGGAAGGAAAAGAGCGAAGAUGACGGAGUAAAUGGGACAGGCGGCAGAAGCGAGGAAACGGAAAAGCUCCUGGGACAGUAGCACUCGACGAGUACCCUGUAGACGAAAAUCCUCACAUUCUCAUUCUGGGCAUCAAGCAAUCUGGUAUUGCACUCAUGCGCAAAACAGUCAUCAGCCUGGCUAUUGAACGUCUACCGGGGAAAAUGUGGGUGACCUGGAUAUGCAAACUUUUUUGGACAACAAGUUAUUUAGAACCUCACUUGGAGAAAGGAAUAGGAUAGAUCCAUAUCAAUAGAAGUGUUCAUCAGAUUAUCAUUAUUUCUUCUCACG